UCAAGUUCCAGUCUGAUAUUCAAUAGCAGUAAAACAAAUUCUAAACAUGGUUGGCAUGUGGUAAUUGUUUUGAGAAAUGGACCAAAGCAAGACGACCUGGGCCAUAAAGGCCAGAGCCACCCGCGUUUACCGCGAAUGUUCACGAUGAAGAGGUCGUCAACUGUGUUUUGUAUUCUUUCCCUUCUUUUACAAUUUAAUUUCAUUAUAUUUAGCUCCAUAUUCGUUCCUACAUAGGGAGCGAGGUUUUCUGUUUGAUCGGGAGGUCAGCUACAUCCUUAAAAGAUCAGGUCUCUAAGGUAACAUCCUUUUUUGGGUUGUUUAUGAAAUCAUAUAAUCCUGUUAUUAGCUCCAAACGACACUUGCACACUAUUUAGGUAGAGGAACUUUGGUCCCCACUACUUCCCUGCUGAGAUUAAUGCCCUCAUGGACAUUAAAGCUCCAUUUCGGGUAUAGUACAAAAAGGAGGGUGGCAACUACCGGGGAAAUCAAAACUUCAGUGUUCUGAGGAUGAACACAGACCCAAGGGUGCUGUCACUCCAUGUUUCUGUAUCCAACACAGAGAAUCAGCCAAUGCAGGCACUUCAGCCAGAACUUCAUAAAUUUUAGCAGAAUCAGCCAAAACAGCCGAUUUUCGUUCUACCAAACGGGCUCUACGUUAGUUUUGAACUAUCAGUUAAUCUUCGUGCGUUAAUGUCAAAAUCCUUCAAACAGAUAUAGAUUUUACUAUCAGCCAAGGCAUUAAAGGAACAAUUAAUUUCCUUUAAAAAAUUAAUGCUUAUCCAGUUCGAUCUUAGUCACUUUUCCCAGAUCUUAUAGUUGCAAUUGUUCAAAGCAUCUUCCCGGAGUACGUUGAAUCGACAUAGAAUUUAAGUUCUUUGCGUGAUCGUGCAAUUCUAGCCGGCACCCACACUGGCUGUUGUUGAGGUCGUAAAUGAAUAUAUGACAUCACUCAAUGUUGGUGAGAUUUCGAGAACCUAUCUUAAUUCAGACAGCGUUUCAAAGUUCGAUUGCACGACCGAUUUGAUGACCGAAUUGCAUACACCAGAAUUCUUGAAUAGCAUCAAAUUUUCUGGCGUACCAAAUCAUGAAUUAACGUUAAAGGUAGGAACUCCUGUAAUGCUUUUGUGGAAUAUAGAUCAUUCGAUGGGAUUAUGCAACAGAACUCGCCUUAUUCUAACGAGGUUGGGAGAUCAUAUUUUGGAAGAAACAAUUUUAACUGGUGUAAGUGCUGGCAAAAAAGUAUUAAUUCCAAGAUUGUCUUUGACCCCUUCUGAUUCAAGCUUGCCAUUCAAGUUUCAGCGACGACAGUUUCCUAUUAUGACUUCAUAUGCUAUGACUAUAAAUAAAAGUCAAGGUCAAUCGUUGUCACAUGUAGGAUUGUUGUUAAAAAAAACCGUCUUUACCCACGGACAAUUGUAUGUUGCAGUUUCAAGGGUUACAAAUCGUCAGGGUCUGAAAAUAUUAAUUUGUGAUGAGGUCGGAAGCACCACAGAUAUGACUCAAAAAGUUGUUUUCAAGGAAGUGUUCAACAAUGUGUAGAGUUACAUUAUAGUCAUUUAUGUAACGUUAUUCUCUUUAUCAAUUUCUUUUGUACUUCCCAACGUUUUACGAUACUUAAUCCUCUAUUUGAAAUAAUG